AUGGGCGGACGUUUCAACGAGACCGUGGUAUUUAUCACCGGGGGUACCUCUGGACUGGGAGCACAGACUUGCGAACGGUUCCUGGGUGAAGGUGCCACUGUCUUUGUUACCGAUCUGAAAGAACGAGAUGCAAUGCAGCGCUUUGGUCCGAACGCUCACUUUCAUCCAUGCAAUGUCUCAGACCCAAAGUCCUGCUUUGCCGCCGUCGAUGCUUGCAUUGCAAAAUUCAAGAAAAUCGAUGUCCUCUUCCACAACGCAGCAAUGUUGAGCCCCAUAGUGCCCGUGGUCGAACAUGAUGUGGACGUUUUCAACAAAGUCAUCAUGACCAACCUCUGUGGCGCGUUUUACCUCGCCAAAGCCGUUAUUCCGCACAUGAAAAAGGUGGGAAAAGGAGUGAUUGUGAAUACCGCGAGUAUCUCUGGCAUUGGUGGAGAUUAUGGUCUUUCUUCCUACAAUGCCGCAAAAGGCGGAUUGAUCAACCUGACGAGGACCAUCGCCAUGGACCAUGCAAGGGACGGAAUUCGUGCGGUCACGGUCUGUCCCGGGUUUAUGAGCACUCCCAUGACGGAAGAAACCCUGAAAAAUGAAAAGCUCAGAGAGGAUUUAUUCGAGAGCAUACCCAUGAACCGUGGAGGCCAUCCGAACGAGGUGGCUCAGCUGGUACUUUUUCUGGCUUCAGACGAAGCAUCCUAUAUCACAGGCCAUCCGUUUCUCGUCGACGGUGGAUGGAUUGCUCGUAACCCAAGUCCAAAUUGGCCAAAGUACAUUGGCGAAGCCUGA